AUGUCUGAAAUAUUAAAAGUGUGUCUACGGCGACAAGAGGAGUUAUUUGAGCGGGUUAGUAAAGCGCAAAUUAAUUAUAAAAAGACAUCUAAAGAUCGGCUUACAGUGACAUAUAUUGAAACAAAAAAAGAGGCGUUAGAUAAAUUGUGGGAGUCAUUCCUAAGUAAUCAUAACGAGAUUGUUGCCUCUGUAGACAAGUCUGAGAAAUCUAAACUUAGUUAUUUUGCCGAAGAUAUGUAUUCAGAGUUUGAGAAUAUUUAUGAAACUUAUACAAUAAAAUUAAAAGAUGAUCUGCAGAUAUACCAGCCGACUUCAUUUGUGAGAGCGUCUAAUAAUCAACCUAGUACUGUUGCGACCUCUAGCGAUGUGAAAUUACCGACAAUUCAUUUGCCAAGAUUUUCUUCCGGAUACGAAAAUUGGCAAACUUUCUAUGAUAUGUUUGUGUCGUUAAUUCAUAACAAUUCUACACUAACCGCUGCUCAAAAACUGCAUUAUUUGAAGAGUUGCUUAACUGGCGAAGCGGAAAUUCUGCUUAAAAAUCUUUCUACAACAGAUGUGAAUUAUAAUGAGGCGUGGAGCCAGUUGGUUCGACGAUACAACAAUAAACGCUUCAAUACCAAUGAAGUUAUGAAACGUUUGUUUUCCCAAAAGAAUUUAACGAGUGAGUCGCCCGCUGCUUUAAAACAACUUUUAGAUACGACAUCUUCCUGUUUAAAAUCAUUGCAAAAUUUGGAGAUAGAUACAAGUGCAUGGGACGCUAUUAUAAUUUAUUUGGUAGUAACAAAAGUAGAUGCAGAGACAAGAAAGUUAUGGGAGUUAGAAGUGAGCCGAGUACAUUCAGACAGUGAAGCAGAUACUUUACCUACCUGGGAGGAGCUGAAGAGAUUUAUCGAGACUAGAUUUAGAACGUUAGAGAUGUUGGAGUCAUCAAAUCAUUACAACAGCAGACCAGGUGAAACAACACAACAUAACAACACUACGAGACAAAUUACAAAGCAGAGAUCAUUUCAUUCAUCAGUGGAAGAGGAGAAGAGAGAUUACAUCUGUGUCAUGUGUUCCGGACAACACUUAUUGUAUCAGUGUAAGCAAUUUGCAGCACAAACCCCAGAGAAGAGAACUGAGUAUGUGCAAUCAAAUCAUUUGUGCUUCAAUUGCUUAUCACCUAAUCACAGCGUGAAGAAUUGCUACUCAACUACGAGCUGUCGUCGAUGUGCCCGACGACAUCAUACAUUACUGCAUUAUGAGAGAACACCAAACCGAGAAGAGAGAUCAACUACAGAGGAAUCUUCAAGUAAUACACACGAUAACACUUCGACUGAAGUUAAAGAGAGGAGUAAACAACCUGAGAGGAAAGUUGUAGCCCAUUUUACUAAUGAGAGUCACCUGAGCAGAGUUUUACUGGCUACAGCUAUGGUUAAAAUCAAAUCAACUACAGGUUAUUCACAAAUAGUUAGAGCUUUGAUUGACCAAGGGUCUGAAGCGUCAUUUAUAACUGAAGCCACAGCACAAUUCCUGAAGUUAAAGCGAGAUUCAGUGACCGGUGUUAUAUCAGGAGUCGGAGAAGGUCAAACACAAGCGAAGAGUAUGGCUUCUUUUGAGAUCGUAUCUUUAUGUAACCCAGAGUUUUCUAUUCAAGUCAAUGCGUUCGUGUUGAAGAGGUUGACUUCAUUAAUACCGUCAAGAGACUCAUCUAUACACGAUUGGCAAGAGAUCACAAACUUACCUUUGGCUGACCCUACCUACAGUACACCUGGACGAAUAGACAUUAUUCUAGGUGCUGAAAUCUACGGAGAAAUUCUACUGGAUGGUUUUCUGAAACAUUCUGAGUCAUCUGGACCAGUUGCACAAAACACGCAAUUGGGCUGGAUAUUAUCUGGAAAAAUUAAAAAUGAAUUAGUGCAAGAAAAUCGCAAUAUUAUCAGCAUGCAUGUACAACUAAAGGAAGAUGAGCUUUUAAAACAAUUCUGGGAGAUAGAAAGAGAACCUGAAAGUAUCAAAAAGAGAAAGACAAAAGAGGAAUUACGAUGUGAAGAAAUUUACGAAGAAACAAAAUAUAGAAACAAUGAAGGGCGUUACGUCGUCAGAUUACCUUUUAAAAGUCCUAAUCCAGAAUGUUUAAAUGGUCAAUCAAAAGAGAUAGCGCUACGAAGGUUCAAAUUAUUAGAGAAGAAAUUACUUAAAAAUACAAAGCUACAGGAAGAUUACAAAAACGUGAUAGAGGAUUAUUUACAGCAAAAUCACAUGAGAAAAAUAACUGAUGAGAGAGAAUUACGUGAUAAUCACGUCGUUUAUCUACCACACCAUGCAGUGAUUAGAGAUGAUAAACAGACUACCCGAGUAAGAGUGGUGUUCGACGCUUCGAGCAAAGGAAUGAACAAUGUGUCAUUAAAUGGCAAUCUUCUCGUCGGACCCAAAUUACAAAACUUAGUUAAAAUGUAUCGUCAAGUGGUUGUCAACGAGCAAGAUACAGAUUUCCAAAGAAUACUAUGGAGAUCAAAUCCACACGAACCUAUUCAACAUUACAAACUACUGAGACUUACCUUUGGAACAUCUUGUGCGCCAUACUUAGCUGUAAAGUCUUUGCAACAACUAGCAAAAGAUGAGCAAACAAAAUAUCCACUUGCGGCACUAAUCACACUGCAAGACUAUUAUAUGGACGAUUUACUUACCGGAUGUGAAACAACAGAGCAAGCUAUAGAGAUAUAUGAGCAAAUGAAUAAUUUAAUGAGAGCAGGUGGUUUUGAACUCCAAAAAUGGAGCAGCAACAGCGAAGAUUUACUGGAACACAUCUGUAAAGAGAAUCAAAGAGACAAUCAGUUAAUACAAUUCAAAUCUAAUGAUAGCAUAAAAGUAUUAGGUCUUACCUGGAACAAAACAAACGAUAAUUUUCAGUAUCAUUUUCAACUACCUAAAAGUAAUGAGAAUGGAGAAGACGUAACUAAAAGGAAAGUACUGUCUGAGAUAGCGCGUCUUUAA